CAAAAUCGCAUAUUCAUCAGUGCCUUGGAUGGCGGAAUCCAUCGCCUCGAAGUUGCACCAGAAACUACCGUUGCACAGAUUAAGAAGGACUUAGGAGCUAAUGAGCACAUUCUCUCUUAUGGUAGCUCCAUUCUGGAAGAUUCUUCGAGCCUUUCGAGCCUUGACAUUUCUGAUGGAGCCUCGCUCGCUAUAAAUGCUAGACUUCUCGGAGGUAAGUCC